GCCUGUCGUCAGCGAGUCCCGCUGUCACUGUCCAAUCCUGGCUGGGGUCGGCAGUCCUCGUCUUGUUAUGGCAAGGAUUGAGUAAGUGUGAUGGCGACCGAGGCGGCUCAGAGGGGCUCGGUAAACGACAACAGUGGCGGAGCCGGAGGCGGGGGGUUCGGGAAAGAGUCGGACCGGGACCGAACUACCUUCGAGUGCAAUAUUUGCCUGGAUACAGCCAGGGACGCUGUUAUUAGUCUAUGCGGUCAUCUAUUCUGCUGGCCAUGCCUGCAUCAAUGGUUGGAAACCCAACCAAACAGACAGGAGUGCCCUGUGUGCAAGGCAGGAAUCAGCAGAGACAAAGUCAUUCCUCUGUACGGGAGGGGGAGCACCAGCCAAGAGGACCCCAGGUUAAAAACGCCACCAAGACCCCAGGGACAGAGGACAGAGCCUGAGAGUCGAGGGCCCUUCCAGGGUUUCGGAGAUGCUGGGUUCCACAUGUCCUUUGGGAUCGGCGCCUUCCCCUUCGGCGGCUUCACAACAGUAUUCAACAGCAACAUGCACAACCACAGAGCAGAUCACAACGUGGGUAACCCUGGCAACGGAAACCCUAACAGCUGGCAGGAUUCUCUCUUCCUGUUCGUCGCCAUUUUCUUUUUCUUCUGGCUGCUGAGUGUGUGAGGAAGGCCAGGCAGGAAGUGAGGUCAUCAGACACCAACCACACAGUGCAAUGUGGGUACAGAGCCCACCUCAAACCCCAAUUUAGGGGAGAGAAUCAAAGGAAUGGGGGUAUGGGAGCCAGUUAUAAUAGUGUGGGGGAGAGAAAUACAGAUUUUUAAAAAAAAAAUUUUUGAAACAUUCCCUUUUAGAAACUGCACAAUUUCUAUUAUUAUUAUUAUUAUUAUUAUUAUUAUUAUUAUUAUUAUUAUUAUUAGUUAUUAUUAAAGUUAAGUGGCUCAGAUCUAUGGAAGAAGGUUCAUGAAGUUCUGUGGUUACUCCAGGGAUGAGGCUGAGUAACCCAAGCGAGCCCCUGAAGGUGAAAUAAACACAGCAGUAACACAUUAAACUGCUGAAUUCAGAGAUUUCCUUUCUUAGAUCCAGCUCUGCAUCUGCUUUAAGCGAGGCGAUGGCGUGAUUUGAAACAGUGCGAUUCUCCUGCUCACUCUGUCAUAGGGUUAGAAUGAAUGCGAGAUUCCAAAAUGAGAUCAAGUAAAGAAAAACACACUGUAGCAGUUGAAGUUAUUCAAUGCUAGAACUCAACACUUAUAUAAUAUAGCGUUAUAGGGCUGCAAACAUUGAGUUCAUUUUGGCACGAGUAGAAGUGAAUGGCACGGGGAGUCUCGAUGUAAUCCACACACAACAAUCCAGCAGUAUACACAGACCUAGAACUGUAUUAUACACUGCUUUAUAUAAGUAUUGAGAAUAAAGCACUGUAAAAACUCAAUAUGGUACAGUUGAUGUCACAAAUUGGGUUUCUCUGUGAUGUGUCAUGGAAUGCAAGGCGAAAAAUGUGCUCUGAUUGGCUGAAAGGUCCUCAGCAGUCUUAAAGUAUUGUGUUUAGCUACUGAUAACUUUGGCGAGUGUGUGUGUGUUUAUAUAUAUAUAUAUAUAUAUAUAUAUAUAUA